AUGGCUUCAUCCUUCAGGUUUUUGUAUUGGCGUGUUUGUUGUUAUGUUUGCACUCGACCACCGAAACAAAGACGUCACCAUCACAGAUAUAAAACCGCUAGAGGUGGAAGCAUGCGAGGUUCUGUGAGACGUAGAAAACCGUUAGAGAGAUCACAUUCUGAUACUGAUUGCCGAUAUCGUGAUAGUGGGUAUAGCAGCGCGAAACCACGUCGUGCUCGUCCCUUCCCAGCGGCUGUUGCCAGUCCACCCCGAACUAGAUCACAACCACCUUUAAAUUCCAGACCUGGUUUAAGAGAUUUUGAAUUAGAAGAUCGAUCCCCUGUUAGAUAUGAAAAAUAUGGAAGGGAACCAUAUCAAGAUGAUGAAGAAGAUUUUCCAAAAAUUUCUUUACCUUUACAUGACUUGCAUGCUGCCCUCAAAGAUUUGGAAGAUUAUCAAAGUAAGGUCACUUCGAAACCAGAAUUUCGAAGCAAAUCUUUACCGAGACCAUCAAAAUCGAAACCAGAUUUUGGACCUCGACGUGAUUUUGAUGACCAAAGACAUUUUGAUUUUGAGGAGGAAAAAGAAAUUUAUGAAAUGCAUGAUCUACAUGAUGUUGAUUAUGAGAAUUAUAGAGAGAGAAAAGCGAAGGAAGAAAGAGAGAGAAGACGUAGAGAACGAGAUGAUUAUAUAUAUAGAGAAAGGGAUUAUGAUCCUGAAGAUGAUGAUUUUGAGUUUGACAUACCCAGAAACAGAAGAGUAGCCAUGGAAAGAAGAAGAGAUCGAGGAAGAUCAGAAUAUAUAGAAAGAGAUUUAGAAGAAUUCACUGAUAGACGUGGGCGUGGGAGACGUGCUAAAAGUGCCGUAGACUACGAACGCCGAUGGGAAGAAGAUGUUAAAGAUGUCGAGAGAGGUCAUGGGCGAAGAUUACGACGUCUGCAUACUGUAGAUGAUAGUGUACCGUUGCCUUAUAGAUACACGCCGACACCGGAAAGAGAUGACUAUAGUGACGAGCUACCACCAUUACGACGCGAUCGCCCUGCGGCUUGGGGUUCCCGUCAGUCAGAAAUAUAUGCUGUAUCAGUUAAGGAAGAAAUAAAACCAGUACCUAUUUGGCUUUGCGUGUUUCUCGUGGCAUCCUACAUAGUAGCUGGCACGUUCCUGUUCAAACGAUGGGAGAAAUGGGAGUACCUUGAUGCCGCUUACUUCUGUUUUAUAACCCUCACUACUAUUGGUUUCGGAGAUUUCGUACCUGCACAGGGCCAGAGUGGAGCAGCGGGGGAUGCAGUUCAUUCCAUAGCUCUUUGUUCUUUAUAUCUUCUUUUCGGUAUUGCUCUUUUAGCAAUGUCGUUUAAUCUCGUUCAAGAAGAAGUAAGAGCAAAUGUUGCCGCAGUUGCGAUGCGACUUGGAAUUAUCAAACCUAGAAAUAAUGAUGAUAAUUAUUAA